AUGAGACAGCGGGCUGAGCUCCUGCCCAGUGUGGAGCUGCUGGGCAGAGCAGGGCUCCAGGAGCCGACCUUGUUGAAAUGUGGGAGCCUCCCUCAUCGCUUUCCACUGAGAGCAGCUACUCUGUCUGAAGUCGUGGACCAUGGGAACGUCAUCUCAGGUUCCGUCCUCCUAGGCCUGCAGCACACCACAGCCCACCAGAUUCUCUUUGGGGUAAUUGCAGCAGUUAUGAUCUCCUCCCUCCUUGGCAAAGGCCUCAUGGUUCUCCCAAUUCACCAGGCCCGGCUGCACAGGCCCAUGUACUUCCUGCUGAGCCAGCUCUCCCUCAUGGACAUGGUGCUCAUCUCCACCAUUGUGCCCAAGAUGGCAUCUGCCUACUUGACUGGAAACAAGUCCAUCUCCCCAGUGGGCAGUGGGCUGCAGAUCUUCUUCUUCCAGACAACUGGUGGUGCAGAGUGCUUCCUCCUAUCAGCCAUGUCCUGUGACCGCUAUGUGGCUGUGUGCCCACCGCUUCGGUAUGCCAGCCUCAUGAGCUGGCCGGUGUGUCUGAGAAUGGCUUUGGGGUCCUGGCUCCUGGGGUCAGCUGAUGGCCUCAUGCAGGCUGAUGCUUCCCUGAGCUUCCCCUUCUGCAACAGACAUGAGAUCGAUCAUUUCUCCUGUGAGGCCCCCACGCUGGUGCGCUUGGCCUGCAGUGACACUUCUGUCUUUGCGUAUGCCAUGUACAUCUGCUGCGUGCUGAUGUUCCUCAUCCCCUUGUCCCUCAUCCUGAUGUCCUACAGCCUCACAGCUUUCCUGCACAUGUGCUCCGAAGCCUGCAAGAAGGCCUCUGCCACCUGAUCCUCCCAUUUGGCCCUGGUGGGACUCUGUUAUGGUGCUGCCAUUUUCAUCUACAUGAGACCCACAUCCUACAGGUCAGCUAAACAGGAUAAGGUGGUGUCUGUAUUCUACACCAUCUUCACCCCUAUGCUGAACCCUGUGAUCUACAGUCUGAGGAACAACGAGGUCAAAGGAGCCCUGAGGAAGUGUCUGAGCCACUGUGCUGCCUUAAGAAGGGACUGA